UGGUUCCGUGUUGUCCCUUUGCUACUACUACUUCCUCCUGCCUUGCGCAAGCUCACAUCGUAGUAGAAUGCGGAUUUCGAAGCUAAUAAGAAUAGCUAGCCAGUAAGCUAAAAACAAGGUUCUUGUUGUUAGGCUUCAAACGGGUAAAAUGUCUAAAACACACUCACAGCCCCCGUCAUCUUCGGCAGCGACGAGUACCGGGGGACCCUCCUCGUCCUCUUCGUCUUCGCCCGCAGGGGGCUCGACAUCUCCCGCAACCGUGUUGAACGUGCAGCCCGAGAAACCUCAACAUUACACAUAUCUGAAGGAAUUCAGAACUGAGCAGUGCCCCCUGUUCGUACAGCACAAAUGCACACAACACAGGCCUUUCUCCUGUUUCUACUGGCACUUCCUGAACCAGCGGCGGCGCAGACCCAUCCGCAGACGGGACGGGACCUUCAACUACAGCCCAGAUGUUUACUGUACCAAAUACGAUGAGGGAACAGGCACCUGUCCUGAUGGAGAUGAAUGUCCGUUUCUACAUCGGACAGCAGGUGAUACAGAGCGCAGAUAUCACCUCCGCUACUAUAAGACGGGAUCAUGUAUCCAUGAAACGGAUGCAAAAGGCCACUGCAGCAAAAACGGCUCCCACUGUGCCUUUGCACACGGAUCACAUGACCUGCGCAGCCCUGUUUAUGAUAUCAGAGAAGUGCAGGUAAUGGAGUCUCAGGGAGGCUCGGGGGCCACAGAGGGAGGUGGAGGAGAUGGACAGUCAGGACAGGCAGCAAGUACAGCCCUCAUAGAGAAGAUCCUUAGCGAGGAACCACGCUGGCAAGAUAACAACUACGUGCUGUCCCACUACAAGACAGAACUCUGUAAGAAACCGCCUCGUCUGUGCCGUCAAGGUUAUGCCUGUCCAUACUACCAUAACAGCAAAGACAGGAGGCGCAGCCCGCACAAGCACAAAUACAGAGCGCUGCCGUGUCCAGCUGUGAAACAGAGCGAGGAAUGGGGGGAUCCCAGUAAAUGUGAGGGGGCAGAGGGAUGUCAGUACUGCCACACAAGGACAGAACAACAGUUCCACCCAGAGAUCUAUAAAUCCACUAAGUGUAAUGACAUGCAGCAGUGUGGCAGCUGUCCCAGAGGACCCUUCUGUGCCUUUGCUCAUGUUGAAAAGCCCUUUGUUCCUGAGGAACCAUCAUUCCCCACACCCAGCUCCCCUCCGCCCCCCAGACCUCCAGACCCACUUCCUGCCCAGGAAGCUUCUUCAAGUCCUAGUAGACACAACAUGGGGCCUGGUUCUGGUUCUGGGUCUGUUUCAGACCCCUUCUCCCCAUCUGCAGGGUCACGUGUAGCGGAGCAGGGACUGCUGGGUAGCGUUUUGUCUCUGUGUGAGGAUGUAAGUGGAGGAGCAGAGCCUCUGUCUCCUUGGGCAGGAGAGGGAGGGUACUGCAGAGCACCUGGAUUUGAGAGGGAGGAUCAGGCUAAGCAAAGGAGUUUUGCUCUUGAGCAGCGCAACAGAGAACUGGCAUCUACACAAAGCAAACAGGACUUGUUAGUGUUUCUGCCAGUGGGCAGCCCUUUGAGUCUCUCGUCCAGCAUUCCCUCUAGUCUGGCUGCCACACCGCCUAGCCCCGCCCCUCUCGGACCCCCGGGAUCCAGCAUCUCCUCAGGCAUGAACGCUAACGCCCUGCCCUUUUACCCCACCAGUGAGACUGUAGAGUCCGUAGUUGAGUCAGCCCUGGAUGAUCUUGACCUGAAUGAUUUUGGUGUGUCGGCGUUGGAGAGGAGCUUGGAGAGCAGCUCUGCAGCUCUGCCCAGUGUGGGAGUUGUGCUGGGAGGCAGCCAGUUUCAGAGUUCUGCCCCAGUCAAUAUCCCAGGAUCCUUCAGCAGCUCUGCUCCUUUUAGCUCCCCGUCGCCAUCUCCCCCAAUCAGGCCACACACUUCACCAUUCUUUUCUACUCACCUGUCACAACCUGGCCAAUCAGAAAGCACCUUCUUGGGACCAUCUCAUAGCUCUUUAGGUCUUAAUGGUAUGAGCACUAAUAUCUGGGAGCAUUUUCCAUCGAGCCAGGGUUCCCCUGGUACACCCCCUACCCUUUUGCCCUCUGGCCCCUGUGCAGAGACUUCAAGGCUCAAACAGGAGCUGGAGGAAGCCCACAGGGCACUGAAGCAGUGGGGUCACAGUUGGAGACACACAGCUCAGUCGUGGGCUGCGCUGAAAGCAGAUGCAGAGGAGUCCCGUGCCCAUGCAGCGCGGUUAGCCAUGGAAGCAGAGAGAGCCAGGCAGGCUGAGGAGGAGGCACAGAGGCAGGCUUCUCUCCUGCAGGAGGCGCUCGAGAGCUUAAGGAGCGGAGACAAUCCCCAUCUAGCACUGCACCAACUCCAGCUACUACACCGACUGCCGCUGGAGUCUGUCCUCAGUUUGCAGGCUCAGCUCUGUAGCUGUUUACACGCUGUGGAACAGGUGGUGUACAGGAAACAGAGACAGUGCUGUGUGACGUGUGGGGAGCAGGGCUCAGUUUCCCUGCCUUGUGGCCAUGGACUACAAUGUGAGAGCUGCUCCACCUCUACAGAGUGCCCGCUCUGCCCCGAACAGACCCUGGAGCAGCAGCUCUCUUGACCUCACAACCUACUCGGACCACCACAGAUUCCAGACCAAUCAGUCCUGAUUCCACAGAUACCAGCUUUUGAUCUCAACCGCCAUUCAAAAUUAUGUCGAGGUCAUUUCAUAAUGUGGCAACAACACAAGCACUGAUCUGGUUUUGUAUUUUUAAGAUGACGUUUACUGAUGAAUGACCAGCUUACUGAGCACAGGUCGCUAAGUGAAAGCUCUUAAUAUGGAAUUUAGGAUAAAUAAUUUUUCCAGUGUUACCCCAUGGAACACCAGUACAUUUUACUAGUUAUUGCUCUUGACCAGCAACACUGUUCUUUACCCCUCUUCUUUAUUUGUGACCUGCUGUUCUCUAACCUUAACUAUAAGAAAUUUGCAAACAUAGUUCUGAAUCAUAUUUUGAUAUGUUUUAAAGCUCGCCCUCAUGAAAACAUAUUUCUGGAGUGUUAUCUAUCCAUAUAGAUAGUUUAAGAUAAACCACAGUUAGGAGCAAUCCUCAUUACCAACAGUUUAACUGAGAGGUAUUUGCUACUAAAGUAAGCCCACUAACUGUAUACGCCAUUUUGAAUGAAGUAUACCGAUACUCAUGGAUGAGAUGCAUAUGCACCCACCAGUGUGAAAUGGUACCUCAAUCAGUAAAUACAUUACGGUUACUAAACAAUUAUGUCAUUACUUGUGAUAUACAAGUUCUUCAGUUAUCUCCAUAAUGGGCGGAUUAAAUAAAAUCAAACAUGUUUCUUCAUACAUGUUCACAAUCGCCUGAAUGACUGCUUUGCUUUUCAAUGAGCAGGAUACAGCUAGUGUUUUGCAAAACUUUCAUCUUUUGCUUGCUUUUAUCUUUUAACCAUCUUCAAAGUUUGGUUGUCUUUUCAACAUAGACUACAACAUAGCGUAUAUAAGUACAGGAAAGACAGAGGCUUGCUCAACGGUUAUUGGAGCACAAAGCAAAAAAGGGGGGGGGGACUUAGGAAGGUUCAAUAUCCAUGAAAUGCUACACACCAUCUGUGUCUUGUGCUGAAACACAUCUAAUAAGCUGGAUCAGUCUGCUAUGAAGGCACAGUUUGGUGAGUUUGGCCUGUUAAAUGCAGUUCAUAAAACGUGAUCUGCGAUGUUGUGGAUUAAUGCAGAAGUAAUGUAACAACUAGUGUAAUGAACUACUAUCUAUAGGGAGUAAUUAAGUAGGGUAAAAGUAACUACAAUUGUCUCCUUGGCUGUGGUACAACGAACGUUGUUUGGUGGCCUGGUAGCUCACUCUGGUGUGUUUAAUUCAGGGUACCAUGAGUAACUGCAUUAUAUCUUCUGGAAAAGAUCUAAAAACUUUCUAGAUGGAUGGAUGACACGGCAGGUUAGCAGUUUCUUUUUAUUUUUGAGGCUGAUGAGCUGGCUUAACUAAAUCAAGAGGUCUGAAAACACUUACAGGGCAUAUUUAGUUUCACCCAGACAAAGAUCCUAUAUUGCUACAGCCAAAAGGAGGCCGUCAUACCAGUCUACUGGUAGUGCUUGCUUAGAUUAUACUGAAUUACUAGUUUCAUUUUGAUUUCUUUUAUUUUCCAUAGGUUUUUGUAGCAAAAUACAUUUAAAAUGGUCAAUUACUGACAACAGAAAAUAUUUAAAAAUUUAGUAAUAUUUGUUUGAAUUUACAAAUUUACAACAGAUGGCCUCUGUUAAAGCACUCAGGUUUUCUCUAAUAUUCUUCUACGUAAACUGGAAGAGGAAAGCAUGUUAACACAAUCAAGGCAAAUGUACUCAGUCAACUUGUGUAGUCUUUAAAAUUACAUUUUUUAUUUUUUACUUUAACGCUUUUCAUGUUAAUACAAACAUACACAUUUUUGUUAAAAGCGGCUCAUUUGCAAUGUUUAAAAUCAAUGUGUGACAGGUUUCUCUGCCAAAAUUUUUACAUUUGUAGUAAUCUUUGACAUUUCAGUGUCAAAUGUAGUCUAAUAUAUAUAUAUUAUAUAUAUACACAUAGUUAAGUGAUGUCAUAUCUCUUGCACUGAUUAGACAAAACAUCAGGAAGCAGACAGAUAUUUAAAGGUGUAUGAGGUUUAAAUGCAAGUGUGAAAGUGUUCAUGAUCACUGUGAUGGUCUUUGGUAAACCCACACUCAGCAUACUGUCCACACACAACUCAUUCGACACCAGUGUUUCCUUCUGAGUGGAUUUUUCUUUGUUUUUGGUACAGAUCAUUAAAACAAAUUGUAUAUUUUUGGAGGAAGACAUUG